AGUAGCCACACUGCUUGAUAACAGACUCAUUUCUACUGGCAUCUCUGACUGUGGCCAGGGCUCUGCAACACCAGCCCUCCCUGUGGCCAAAGCAUCACCCAUUCACCACACAGGCUGGUGCUUGCACUCCAUGCAACCAUGUCAUUGGCCCUCCGUGUAGCGGUAGUGACUGGAGCUAACAAGGGCCUUGGCUUCGCCAUCACGAGGGACCUGUGCCGGAAUUUCCCUGGGGACGUGAUACUCACCUCGAGGGAUGAGGCGCGGGGCCGGGCAGCUGUGCAGCAUCUCAAGGCUGAGGGCCUGAGCCCACGCUUCCACCUGCUGGACAUUGACAACCUGCAGAGCAUCCGCGCCCUGCGUGACUUCCUGUGGGAGGAGUAUGGGGGCCUGGACGUACUGGUCAACAAUGCAGGCAUCGUCUUCACACCUGAUGAUCCCACACCCCUACAUAUUCAAGCAGAAGUGACCCUGAAGACAAACUUCUUUGGCACCCGAGAUAUAUGCACAGAACUGCUGCCUCUAGUGAAACCCCAAGGCAGAGUGGUGAAUGUGUCUAGCAUAAUGAGCUUUCUAGCACUUAAACAGUGCAGCCCAGAACUGCAACAGAAGUUUACAAGUGAGACCAUCACAGAGGAGGAGCUGGGGAUGCUCAUGAACAAGUUUCUGGAAGACGUAAAGAAUGGAGUGCACAAGAAGGAGGGCUGGCCUGAUAUCAAAAUAGCAGCCUAUUCAGUGUCAAAAAUGGGUGUCACCGUUCUGUCCAGAAUCCAUGCCAGGAAACUGAGUGAGCAGAGGAGAGAUGACAAGAUCCUCCUGAAUGCCUGCUGCCCUGGGUGGGUGAGAACAGACAUGGGUGGACCAAAAGGCAUCAAAAGCCCAGAGGAAGGAGCAGAGUCGCCUGUCUACUUAGCCCUUUUGCCCUCAGAUGCUGAGGGGCCUCAUGGCGAGUUUGUUAUGGAAAAGAAAGUUGAACAAUGGGGACUCCCCUUUCAGUUCCCUUCAUGGUUCCUUACUAUAAUCUCCUCAUGACUGACCAAAAAGACUGCUAUCCUGUCAGCAGUAUUCUUAUAAAAAAAUAAAAGAUUGUUGAGGGAAUCACUAUUCCUAUUGAGGACCCACACUGAAUUGCCCACUAAUUCUGUUAAUUUUCUGUGAUUUCUUCUGUGAUAUAGAGGGAAAAAAUGGAAUUGAUGACAAAAAUAAAUGAACAUUACAUGCGAAUAAACAAUUCUAAGUCAA